AUGCCUCAACAAUCCUCCAGAGAAGGUGUCCAUUUCGCUGGGUCGCAGCAAACACGACCUGCGGUACAAGACCGCGAGGAGUCCCUCCACCCAGGCCAUCGCCAAUCUGAUACGGAAGCCGUCACUCCUUGGAUGGAGGCCGGCGAGUCUUCUCUCGGCGGCGAUGCAGUCGAAUGCUAUUUUACCCCCGACAUCCACAAUCCACGGCGAUCGGUCGCGGAAACCCCACGCGAUGCCGCUUCCGGCGCGAAAUCGAAUAGCGAUAUCUUGCAGCGGAUGACAAGAGGUUUGCAAACACCAGAUUCUUCCUUAGAGACGGACCCGAGGGCAGCGAAUCCGUCAUUAGAACUUAGCGGAGGUCUCAUCUCAGCAACCUUCGCUCUUCCAGACUCCCCACAGUUCAGAAAGGGUCAAGACUGGACUCUGAUCCCCCGUCGUGGCACAUCCGCGUUAUUCGACUCGUUCAAUUAUCUCUCGUCAGACAAGACGCCAUGGAAUCAUACUCUAGUCGGAUGGACGGGAGAGAUAUUCCCCGCCGACAACCUGACACCACCAGACACCCCACCUACAACGACUACCGCAUCUAAAGUACCUCCUCUUAACAAAGACUCCGCUCCAAUCCCGGUCGACGCGUUUGCAAAACCUACAGAAUCGCAGCACUCUGAGGGAUUGUGGGUAAGCAAAGAGGACCAGGAGAGGUUGGAGUGGCAGCUAUCUCAUCAAUCGAAAAGCAAAACCGUUCCCGUCUGGCUCUCGGAUGACCCGCCUGAGAGUGUGACUGACGGCAGCAUACUCUUGAAGGACCAAUCGCGAUGGAGACGGUUUGCCGAGACUGAGCUCUAUACACUCUUCCAUUAUAAGCAGCACGAGCCUACCAAUGGCCAAGCUGAGCGAGCCUCAUGGGCAGAUUACUACCGAAUGAACCAGAAAUUUGCAGACAAGAUCAUGGAAAUUUACAAGCCAGGCGACAUCGUUAUGAUCCACGAUUACCACCUACUACUCCUUCCAAGUAUGCUCCGGCAACGGGUUCCGCAUAUGUACAUCUCGUUCUUCCUACAUAUUCCAUUUCCAAGCAGCGAGUUUCUACUAUGUUUGCCCCGGAGAAAGGAUGUGUUAGAGGGCAUCCUGGGCGCAAAUUUGGUCGGAUUUCAAUCUUACAGCUAUCUCCGUCACUUCGUUUCUUGUUGCACUAGGAUCCUCGAUUUCCCCUCGGAUACCGCAGGUGUAGAUGCAUAUGGAACCAAGGUGAGCGUAGGCGUCUUUCCAAUCGGAAUAGAUGCCCCGGCUAUCGAGAAACUAGCCUUUGACGAUCCCGUCAUCGACGACCAGGUUGUUGCUUUGAGGAAGUUAUAUGAGGGCAAAAAGAUUAUAGUUGGCCGGGACCGUCUUGAUAGCGUUCGAGGUGUUGCUCAAAAGUUGAUGGCUUUUGAGAGAUUCCUGGACCGUUAUCCGGAGUGGAGAGAAAAGGUGGUCCUGAUUCAGGUCACCAGCCCUACUAGUAUUGAGGAGAAAAAGGAGGACUCUAAUAAGACCAACGUCGCCAACCAGAUUGCCGAGCUCGUGGCUAAAAUCAACGGUGUCUAUGGCUCCCUGGGAUUUUCCCCUGUCCAGCACUAUCCCCAAUAUCUUUCACAGGAAGAAUAUUUAGCGCUUCUCCGGGUGGCAGAUAUUGGCCUUAUUACGAGUGUUCGUGAUGGCAUGAAUACCACCAGUCUCGAAUAUGUGGUAUGUCAACGCGAUGGUCAUGGCCCACUCAUCUUGUCCGAGUUUUCAGGAACGGCAGGCAGCUUGAAGGAUGCCAUACAUAUAAAUCCCUGGGAUGUAACAGAUGUUGCUGCCCAAAUUGAACGUGCAUUGACAAUGAGUGAUGAUAUGAAGGCUGCAAUGCACCAGAGCCUUUAUCACCACGUAACGACGAGAAAUGUCCAGGCGUGGGAAAACGGGUUCCUUAAGCGGCUACUUGUCGUUCUGGGUGCUCGGGCUGCCGUCGCCGCUACGCCGUUGUUGGAUAAAGCAGCGCUCAUCAAACACUACAGAGCAGCCAAGAAACGACUCUUUAUGUUUGAUUAUGAUGGAACUCUUACUCCAAUCGUGAAGGAGCCGUCUGCUGCCGUCCCUUCCGAAAGAGUCAUCCGUACUCUGAAGGCACUUGCGUCUGAUCACCGAAAUUCUGUCUGGAUUAUCAGCGGCCGAGACCAAGAAUUCCUCGACCGAUACCUCGGCCAUAUCUCCGAGCUGGGAUUUAGUGCUGAGCAUGGCAGUUUCAUGCGGCACCCAGAGCAGCAAGAAUGGGAGAACCUGGCAGAGAAGUUUGAUAUGAGUUGGCAGAAAGAGGUUAUGGACGUGUUCCAGCAUUAUACCGAAAUAACCCCAGGCUCAUUCAUCGAACGAAAACGCUGCGCUCUGACAUGGCACUACCGGGCGGCAGACGCCGAAUUAGGGCCCCACCAGGCGCGCGAAUGCCAAAAGGAACUUGAUAACACAGUCGCCAAAAAAUGGGACGUCGAAGUCAUGACCGGCAAAGCCAAUCUAGAAGUCCGCCCUACCUUCAUCAACAAAGGCGAAAUAGCAAAACGUCUCGUCGCCUCCUAUGGUAAAAUUGUUGGUGAACUACCAGAAUUCACACUCUGCUUGGGAGACGAUUUCACCGACGAGGACAUGUUCCGCGCCCUCAGUGGGUGUCACCUCCCAGCCGAGAACGUAUUUACUGUUACGGUGGGAGCGAGUUCGAAGAUGACCCUUGCGAAAUACCACCUUCUGGAGCCGGCGGAUGUCGUUAACACCAUUGCGCUGUUGAAUGGCGGGGAUACUAAUAUCGCGGAUCUGGGACCGCUAGGGGUGGUAGAGGGGAAGAUUCCAAGUGAGAUGCCCGGUGGUGUGAAGAUCGCACCAGAAAAACCUUGA